AUGGACAAAUGUUUCAAGGUCACAUACACUAGAAAGUCAACUCCUCUAUCGUAUGGCUAUCAUAUUGCUGAGAGGUUUCUCAGCAAUAAAGAUGAAAUAUGUGACCUCGGAGUUUUAUUUGAUUCCUCAUUCAGCUUUAUUCCGCAUGUAGAUCAGCUUUGUGCAUCAGCUAGUCGAGCUUUAGGCUUUGUUUUUAGAUGCAGCAGUGAGUUCAGGGAUUGGUCGAUAUUGAGGAAUCUAUAUUUCGCGCUGGUUGUCAGUAAGUUGGAGUAUGCUCACUUGGUGUGGUUCCCUAUUUAUGACUGUCAUCUGUCGCGAUUGGAGCGUGUUCAUAGGAGAUUUUUUAAAUACGUGUUGUUCAAGAGAACAGGGCGGUAUCCUGAGCGUGGUGCAGACCUUUCUGAUGUUAUGGAGGAGUUGAGGAUAUCCUCGUUACUUGAUAGACAUGAAGAACAAUGUGCCAGGUUUGCCCGUGGAUUGUUAGCCAACAGGAUAGACUCACCAUAUCUUCUGUCCAAGAUGUCUUUCAAUGUGCCGAGACUAGCAGCGAGGUCGACACCAGUUUUCUAUUUACCUACGGCUCGGACUAAUAUUUCUGAACGAUCUCCAGUUAACCGUAUUUGUAAAAGUGCUAAUAAACUAAGAGUUAAUGUUUUUGGUUGA